UGAAAUAGUUUGAUGUUUGAGGAAACGAUAUAACAUAUUCUCUGGUUAUGAUUGCAAUGGGAACGGAAGGAGUUUGUGGAGAGAGUUUUUAUCCCAGCGACGAAGAGAUAAAGAAGUGGAUGGACAAGGCGUUUGAUAUGGCUAAAGAUGCUCUGGAAAAUGGCGAAGUUCCCGUUGGAUGUCUUUUGAUUUACAACAAUGAAAUCAUAGGGAAAGGAAGAAAUGAAGUUAACGAAACCAAAAACGCCACACGUCAUGCGGAGAUGGUGGCCCUGGAUGAACUCAGAGAUUGGUGUGAACUCAGAGGUUUAGAAGUGAAAAGAGUUUGUGAGAAAACUGUGCUGUAUGUCACAGUGGAGCCAUGUAUUAUGUGUGCUGCUGCACUGAGGCUUUUCAAUCUCCCUGUGGUGGUGUAUGGCUGUAGGAAUGACAGAUUUGGAGGAUGUGGUUCAGUUUUGGAUAUUUCUUCUGCAAAUUUACCACAAACCGGAACCAUGUUUAAGUGUGUUGCAGGCCACAGAGCAGAGGAAGCUGUGGAGAUGCUCAAGAUUUUUUACAAACAGGAAAAUCCAAAUGCACCAAAUCCCAAAACCAGAAAGCAGUAGAGCUUUUUUAUUUAUUUAUUUUGUACUCACUGUUCUAACGUCUGAAUAUUUUUCUUCUCUUUGACUUUUCCAGCAGAGAGAAGUAUU